AUGUGGAAGAAGUUUCUUGUGAUCGUUCUAGUGGCUGUUGCUCAAGCAAAUGAUGAUAAGAAGAAAUUCAAAGUAACCCUGGAGAAGGUUGAUGUUGAGGCAGAUCCUGCAUUUGCCACCGUUACAGCGGCAAUUAGGAAUGAAAAUGGUGGGACAGUGGUGGAUAUUUCCGGGAAUAUUCUCCAAGAUAUUGAUUCAGAUGUAUUUGUGGAUAUUUUCGUGUCCACCGAGGGUGACCCAGGGGAAUUCAAGCCCCUCCUCAAGGCAGAAGAUAUUGAUUUCUGUGCCUUUGACAAGAACAACACAAUGGCCCCACUGUUGGAUAUGUUCCUGAAGGAUAUCAACAAUUACGGGAGUAUCCCCCUCAAAUGUCCCGUGAAGAAGGGAGAUAUCCACCUAAAAGGCUACAACAUUGCCCAUGAGAAUUUACCAUCUCUAACGCCAGAAGCAAGAUAUCUCAUUGAAUCGAAGAUUUUUGUUAAAAUGGAUGGAAAGGAUCGUCAUGAAAUUUAUCACAGCAAAUGGAUUGCAUUGAUUGCAAAAGAAUGA